AUGCUGAAUAAGGAUUAUGACAAGCCGCAUAUCCAUGCGGCAAUGACAGAGCUCUUGCAAGCACUUGAACCAUAUGAUAUCACCGGCUCCGAGGCUUGUCUUCGAUGGAUUUUCUACCAUUCCGCCCUGGGAGAUGGUGACGGUGUCAUUCUUGGGGCUAGCAAGACUUCUCAAGCAGUGCAAAACUUUCAAGAUAUUUCAAAGGGACCAUUGCCUGCAGAUGUUGUGGAAAAAAUCGAUAUGAUCUGGAACCUUCAGUGA